AUAGCAUGAUACUGGUUUUGGAAAGAGUUGUCCCACAUUAUACACCUUCAGUUGAUGUUGUUAUUACACAAAUACAAUGAAUUUUAUAAGAACUUUUCCCCAUUUAUAUUAUAAUCCAUAAUCAUGGUUAUAUACAGGGAGAUUUGACUUUCUUUACAAAAUAUUUUUUUCAUGCAAAGUUUCAGCAAAGAUCUCCCUCUGACUGCUGAUCUUGUUUCCAUGGAAACGACACCACAACGCGGUGGCUAACUCACUCAGCCCAAACUGUUAAACGGAGAGCAGGAUGUCGGAGGGAGAGGAGGCCGGGGCGCUGUCGGAGGGAGAGGAGGCCGGGGCGCUGUCGGAGGGAGAGGAGGCCGGGGCGCUGUCGGAAGGAGAGGAGGCCGGGGCGCAUUCGGAGGGAGAGGAGGCCGCGAAUGAGGAUGGACAGGAGGAAAAUAUGUCUGAAAAAGAGGACCAGAUCGAGCCAUGCCCUCUGACCAAGGAGAUUCUGAUCCCCGCUCUGUCUCUUUUGUGUCGCACCGGGAACGGCCUGGCACACGCCUUCGUUAAGCUCCAACUGGAAAACAGACGUCUGACAGACAUGGCCCUGGUCAGCUCGUUUGUCCACCUGCGUUUCCUGGACGUGUCAUCCAACCACCUCUCUGACCUUUCACCCCUGGCUGCCCUCACACAGCUGCUGUGGCUGAAGGGCGAUGGUAACAUGGUGGCUGGGUUCAGAGGUCAGCCCCUGGGUCAGCUGACAUACCUACAGUGGCUGAGUCUGGCCCUGAACCGCCUCAAAGACCUGGAAGGCCUAGAAGGCCUCGGCCUAGAGAGCCUCAACCUCAUUGGUAACGGUAUCCAGAGGGUGUCGGGGCUACGGUACCAUCACCUGACCAACCUGGUGACUCUAGAACUGAGAGGAAACAAACUGGAGACCACCGACGGGAUAUACCUGCCCAACCUCCGACGCCUCUACCUGGCCCAGAAUACUAUCAAGCGCCUGGAGGGUCUGGGUAAGCUGGAGCGUCUGACCACCCUGCACCUCCGAGACAACCAACUGGAGACUCUAGAUGGCAUCAGUCCCAACAUGAAGUCCCUGCAGUACCUCAACAUCAGGGGUAACCUGGUGUCUGCCCAGCGUGCCUUGCGUAGUCUGGUGGGCGUAUCCAGGACAUUGCGAGCGCUGGUCCUAGCGGAAAACCCUCUGGUGGAGACGGAGGACUACCGUCUGUGUGUCCUGAGCCGCCUGCCGUUGCUGGAGCGCCUCGACAAGGAACCCAUCUCUCCUGAGGAGAAGUCUGAGGCCCAGGAGAAACUCAGGGAGUUUAAUGAUGAGGUGUCUGUUGGGGCAGAGAAGUACUAACUCACCAUCACUCAGUGACUCCUCUCCCAGUCACUCCACCAGUCCACAUCCAAGACCUACAUAGAUCCUUGUGUGUGAACAAGUUUGUACUAGCUGGUUAAAUGUAUUCCUGGUUUAUCCUCAGCAGUGCUGGUCCUGGUGUGGAGACAGACUAGCGAGUUAAAUGUAUUCCUGGUAUAUUAACCAAUGAAGAUUGUGUUUAUAGACAACGAACGAUGCUCUAUUUUCAAAACAAUAAACAUUUAUUGAUUGGUA